ACAGAUAUCCCCCAAAUGGUCAGGACAGUACAGAUAUCCCCCAAAUGGUCAGGACGGUACAGAUAUCCCCCCCAAAAGGUCAGGACGGUACAGAUAUCCCCCAAAUGGUCAGGACGGUACAGAUAUCCCCCCCAAAAGGUCAGGACGGUACAGAUAUCCCCCCCAAAUGGUCAGGACGGUACAGAUAUCCCCCCCAAAAGGUCAGAACGGUACAGAUAUCCCCCCCAAAAAAUGUCAGAACGGUACAGAUAUCCCCCCCCCAAAAGGUCAGAACGGUACAGAUAUCCCCCCAAAUGUCAGAACCGUCACAGAUAUCCCCCCAAAUGUCAGAACAGUACAGAUAUCCCCCAAAUGUCAGAACAGUACAGAUAUCCCCCAAAUGUCAGAACAGUACAGAUAUCCCCCCAAAUGUCA